UUGUAAAAUAUUUAAACGAUUAUAUGUGGCUUUAAUAACCAUACUUUAAGCACUCUUGUAUAUAAACAUGGCGCAAAUACAAACUUCAGGCGCUGAUGGGCUGCCAAAACAUUUUGUCAGUGCCAUGCGUACGCUUUUUGAUAUAAUGGAUGAUCAAAAUACAGGGUUUGUCAAAUUUUCGGACAUUGAAGGUAGAUGGCAAGAUGAUGGAACACAAGGUCUUCCAAAAGGUGUUUUAGACAGUCUUAAAAAAGUUACACCAUCCAAUGGUUUGUUAUCUUUCGAAAGGUUUUGCACAGGGCUCAAAAUCUGUCUACUACAAAUUCAAGCAGAGUCUGAUUCCAAAAAACAUGGUGGCCAACCAAAUAGACCACCGUCUGCACCAAUUCUUAUUCCAGAUAGUCAAACUAAGGCAACAUGGACAUCUCCGAAUACAGCAACUAUAAGACCAAAUAAUGCCAUAUCUCAACAGCGAACCUUAAGUAUGCCACAGUUAUUAGCAGGUCGUAAAGAUGCCAAUGCACAGUUAGAAUUAACGGAUAGUAGAAAUGGAGCAGAAUCAAAACUAAACAAAGCAUAUGGACCCCCAAAACCUCCUAGGACUGGAGCUGCAUUAGAAGCUAGAAUUAUUAACACCGAUAGAAAUUUUGACAAGUCUGAAAUUCGAACAGUAUUACAGAAUUGGCAAAUGGGUUUAUUAAUGAAUGAUGAUAAAACUAUAGAGAAACGACAAUUGUCAGCAGUAAAUUGUAGACCAGAUACAAGAACGUUAUUAAGACCAACUCGGGUAUUGGGAGAUGGUAAAGCAGUUGACUUACAAAAUAAUCAAAUUGGUUUUCAACUUAAAAAACCACUAAAUCGCCGUAGAGAACCUAGACGUCAUACGUUGCAGAAUGGUAUUGAUUAUAAUAUGAUGAAAAGAAUGAAACAAAUUGAGCAAGAGAAAGAUGUAUUACUUCAGGGUCUAGCUGCAGUUGAUAAAGCUAGGGAAUGGUAUUUGAAACAAAUAUCUGCUACUCAAGAAAAGAUAAAACAUCUUGGACGUAUGGGAUCUCAUGUGGAGCAAUGGACAGAAGCACAGCAGGAACGUCUGGAACUACAACGUGCUCGGGUGUUGGAAGUCAAUAGACACCUUUCUGCAUUGAUAAGUAGCUGGGAACAUGGGGGUCUUCCUCUACAUAUGAAUCUUGCCUUUCUUAGUACUCCAACAUCUACACAACUUCAACAAGAUAUGCUUUCUAGGCUCAAGCAACAAAAUCACCGACUAACAGAAGAAGUUAGCAAAAAAAGCCAACGAAUAGUGAUACUUGAACAAGAAAAGGAUAAUUUGGUGCGAGAAUUAUAUAAUAGACAAGGUGGUAUGGUUCAGUCUCGAAGAGCAACAAUGAUCCACGAACAACAUGACCAAACAUUCAUGUAA